GAAGAAAUAGAAAAUGGAAGAGAGCAAAAGAGAUAAAUAAAAAAAUUAGAUGUAAAUAAAACAGAAAUCAAAGAACAAGGCAAAAUUCAAAAACAAUUUGUAUACCAUUGCUAAACAACAAAGAAAAUCGGCAUAAUACAAAAAAAAAAGAAAGAAAGAUUGUGGAAAUUUUCACUAUAGAACUGCGACAACCACGAUAAGCCAGACAACGGGUAAACCAAGCUCAGAGCUCUGGAAAAAUUCAUAGCAACAAACGCACAAAAGAGCAAAAAAUACGGGCAAUGGUCAUGAAGAAAAGUUGAAUAUAUCCACAACAGCACACGCAUUUAUCUUUAGAGCAGUGAAUCACAAGCAGCGUACUACUAACUAUCUGCCAAAAAAUAACAAAUAUAAAAUAGGCAGAAAGUUCAUAAAAUGCCUGAACAUAUUAGAACGGCUACACGGGCCUCAUUAAAUGGAGUUAAUAGUAAUAAUGCUACGUAUUCCAACUGGGUGGGUUUCAUAUUUAUCUUCAAUAUAAUUGUGGGCACUGGUGCCCUUACUCUACCGGGAGUAUUUGCUAAAGCUGGCUGGUUUUUAUCCUUGAUUAUAAUCAUUUUAUUGGCCAUCAUAUCCUAUAUAACCGUCACCUUUAUCAUUGAAGCCAUGGCGGCCGCCAAUGCAGUGAAAACGUGGCAAAAUUUACAGGUUCUUAAACGUAGUUACGAUUUUGACUCGCAAGAAGAUCUACCCUCCGCAUCAGCCUCAGUAGAUGAAAAUGAUUUCGAUACCGAUGAUCCCAUGGCUUCCCUGCUACCACACAGUCAUGAUGCUACAGCACGUCUGGAACGUAUGCCUUUGUAUGCUCAUGGCUCCACUUUGGUCUAUUAUAAAUUGGAUCAGAAAUUUGAAUUGGGUGAAAUGGCCACAUUGUUCUUUAAUGAUUUCGGUCGGGUAUUCUUCUAUCUUUGCAUUUCUAUUUACCUGUACGGCGAUUUAAGUAUUUAUUCAGCUGCUGUUGCCAAAAGUAUGCGUGAUUUGUUUUGUGAUCAUCAAAAUUCCACCAAUUUGACCGACGAUCUAGAUCUCAAUAUUGAGGCAUUACAUUUGGGAGCGAACAGUAAUGACACCGAUGAUGACAUACGACAAUGCUGGCACACUCAUAAUCUAACACGUCUGGAAGUGUAUCGUUUAUUUUUGAUAGGAUUUACCAUUAUCUUUGGACCAUUUGUGGCAUUUAGUGUACAAAAAACAAAAUAUUUACAAAUCAUUACCGUCGUAUUUAGAUGGUGUGCUUUCAUAUUCAUGAUCUCUAUUGCAUUGAAAUUGCUAAUAACCGAUGGAGCUAAAGGUCAUCCCGUAUCUAUGAAUGUUUAUGGGGUGCCCGCUUUGUUUGGUGCUUGUGUUUAUUCCUUUAUGUGUCAUCAUUCGUUGCCUAGUCUGUUGGCUCCCAUACGUGAUAAAUUGGCCGUGCGACGAAUAUUGUGUGCUGAUUAUAUAGUCAUCUGUUUAUUUUACAUAUUGCUGGCCAUGACUGGCAUCUUUGCAUUUGAACGUUUACAAGAUUUGUAUACAUUGAAUUUUAUACCAGAUCAAACAGAUGAUCAUAGUUUUAAGGCCGAAUUAUUGGUGGUGAUAGACUAUUUUUUGGCUCUGUUUCCAGUAUUUACACUAUCGGCCAGUUUUCCCAUUAUAGCCAUAACAUUGCGUAAUAAUUUGCAAACUUUAUUCUUAGAUAUGACACGUUAUGAGUCAUAUAAUUUCUUUGUAAGACGCAUUUUAUUUCCUUUAAUGGCGAUAUUGCCACCAUUUGCCAUCACUUACUUUACGGAGAAUUUAACAAGUUUGGUAGCCUUUACGGGUAGUUAUGCAGGAGCGGGAAUACAAUACAUAAUACCCAUAGCUUUGGUAUAUUAUGCGCGCAAUACUUGCCGUGAACUGUUGGGCAGUGGUGUGGUCAAUGAUUUCCAAAGUCCCUUUCGCAGUAUAUACUGGUUGGCUUUUAUUUUAAUGUGGGCUUUGGGUUGCAUUAGUCUGGUUACUUUAAAUUUCUUUUUAGAUACUAAGUCUUAAAGUUUUUCUUUUUUACACUCAUUUUAAGUAAGUCUUCCUUUAUGCAAAGGUUUUUCAAAACCUUUUUUAAAAAAAAUGAACAACUAAUCUAUAAAAACCCUAAACUAAAAAAGUUUUUUAAAACUGUCCAUGUGCUCAAUUGAAUAAGAAAAACCACAACAAUACACCCUCCAUUUGAAAUUGUCUCCUAAACAAAAAACAAAGAACUUCCUAGAAACAUUUUAUUUUUUUUACAUAAAAUGUCUUUAUUAUUAGAUUCUUACUGAAAAACAGAACAGAAAAACAAUUUUAAUAGCUUGUAAGCUCAAUUUUAGAUUAUUUUUUAUACAUACUUACAUACAUAUUAUAUUAUACUAUAUAUAUAUUCUAUAUACUGUAUUUAUAUACUUACUUUAUAGAUAAGUAUUUAGUUUUAAGUAAAACGAGAAAAAUCCAAAAUUGGAACUGAAUUAUGAGGUGUUUCCCCCAAAAUGUACCAACAAACAAAACAAAUCAAACAAACUAUUGAAAAUUUUAAAGAAUUUUAUUUUUUAAAGAAUGAAUCCUGUAUAUAUUUAAUAUAUUUUAUUUAAAUGUUGGAAUUAUUAAAAAUAAAUUAAUAUAUUUUAAAUAUAAAACAAAA